AUGGAUUUGUCUUCAUCAACGAUUAGUGUUGAAUCCAAUAGUAAUGAUAAAACACAUUAUCAGCAAAAUACUGACGACCAACAAAGAAUUCUUGACGAACAACUUGAUUGGUUAACUGUUGAUCAUGAUGAUUUAAUGCAAGAUAUUUUAACACAGAAAUCAACACCAAAAUAUCAUCCAUCAAUGUCUGUCAUUGAUACAUGGGAGCAAAAAACUAUAGAACGUGUUCGGUAUACAGCAUGCCUUGUUCGUCGAGCACUUAUUAAUGCUUUAGACAAGCACGUAAUUGAAACAGAAAACAAAUUGAAUAAGUUGACACCACAAUUACGUGACGCACGUCAUAACUCAGAACUAUUUAGCAAAAAUGAUAUACAGAAAUGGUCUAUUAUCUUACAAGAAUUGAAGCAGAUACCUAUGUUUCUUGCUACUAUCAAUGAAAAAAAUAGUUUUCCUGAAUUAACUAUUGAUCUUAGAAAAGAGACGAAAAAUCCUCAUUCCGCCGAAUCAAAGUAUGAAGAAAAAACGUCACAUACUUUAACUUCUAUUAUUCGUAAUCCUACUCCUGCCCUCUCGACGCCUAAUAGCGCCGGAUAUCAAACAAAGCCUACAACUAUGAAAACUAAUACACAUAAAAACAGUAAGACAGUGAAAUUUGAUGAUACUUCUUCAUUAACUUUCGAGACCAUAAUGUCAGGAACGAUUAUCAUCAUUAGAGAAUAG